GCUGUUUAAAAAAGAAUAACACCGGGGAUUGUGGGAUUGUAAUGGCGGCAUUCAUCCCUGACAUGAAACGUAUUAUUGUCGCUCAAACGCAAACAUUUCCUCAUUUUCAGUCCUUAUGAUAACUGUAAAACACCAGGAAAACAUUUGUUGAAGACGAAUCAUUUUCAUCAACACAGGUGAACAUCAAGCUUAGUCAAGUUUCAUGUGGAGCGUCUUACUUCAAACAGACGUCACCCCAUGAUGGUCUACCUGAGUUUGUAGCACGUUAACACACAUCUUCGACUUUCAAAUAUUCCUUCAUCUGGCCAAAAAAUGGAAGAUGAUGCAUCUCUGCAUCGUUUGGAGGGCAGUGACCCGGAUGAGCAGGUGGGAGGUCUGAUAGUGAAGAAGAAGAAUGCAGCUUCAGAGCAGCACGUGUUCCGUGCACCCGCACCACGCACGUCGCUCCUUGGGCUGGACCUGUUGGCCGCCCAGAAGCGAAAAGAACGCGAGGAUAAAGAACGCCAGGAUUCUGAACCUGAACAAAGCAAUGCCAAAAAAUCUAAGGUGACAUCAUAUAAGGACUGGGAAGAGAGCAAGAGCGAUUCGGAAUCUGAUGAUGAUGAUGAGGAGGAAGAAGAACAGAAGGGAGAUAAGGGUGGCAAAAAUGAGCGGAAAUACCGUGUAACUGGUUCAGAGACACCAUCCAAUACAGGUGGUGUCAGUGAAGAGUUUCGACGUAGACACCAGCAAAGAGAAAAAGACCGGCGGGAACAUGGAGUAUAUGCUUCCUCUAAAGAAGACAAGCAAAAAGACAAGAGUGGGGAUAAGGAUAAAGACCGCGACAGAGAUAGAAAGGGUGAUCGAAGUGAGCGUAGCCGCGCUAGCCGCUGCGAUGGAGUUGGGGAGCGGAGCGAGCGCUCACAGCGCGAGGGCAGCGUGAGGAGCGAGCGCGCGCAGAGAGACGGCUUCUCUGAGCGCAGCAUCAGCCGUGGCAGCCCACGCAACAGGGACGAGCCUGCCAGCCCACGCAACAGACCCAAAGAUGCCAUGACCCCUUCUCGCUCCAGCUGGGAUGAAGAUGACUCCGGCUAUGCCAGCUCCCGGCGCUCCCACUGGGAAAGUCCCUCUCCUGCUUCUUCCCAUCGGGAAUCAGACAAAUCCGAGCGCAGCCAUUCCUCCGGCCAAGAGAGUGAGAGGAGAGACCGGUCUGUGAGGAAUCGUUACCCAGACGACACUCCUCUACCUACGCCCUCAUACAAGUACAAUGAAUGGGCUAAUGACAGAAAGCACCUUGGCUCUACCCCUCGCCUCUCCCGAGGCAAAGGGAAGAGUGAGAAUGGAGAAGGUGGCAUUGCAUUUGAUGACGAGUCGGAGAAGGAGCAGUGGGAAGAAGACCAGCGGCAAGCAGACAGAGAUUGGUACAUGAUGGACGAGGGCUAUGACGAGUUUCACAACCCACUGGCCUCCAGCUCCGAGGAGUAUGUGAAGAAACGAGAGCAGGUCCUUCAGAAGCAGACCCAGAAGCGCAUCUCCGCUCACAAGCGACAGAUUAAUGAGGAUAACGAGCGCUGGGAGACCAACCGCAUGCUGACCAGCGGUGUGGUCCAGAGGCUGGAGGUGGAUGAGGACUUCGAGGAGGACAAUGCCGCCAAGGUCCACCUGCUCAUCCACAACCUGGUGCCACCCUUCCUAGAUGGCAGGAUAGUCUUCACCAAACAGCCUGAGCCGGUCAUCCCUGUGAGGGACCCCACCUCUGACAUGGCCAUCAUCUCCCGUAAGGGCAGUCAGCUGGUCCGUAAGCACCGGGAACAGAAGGAGCGUAAGAAGGCACAACACAAGCACUGGGAACUGGCAGGAACCAAGCUGGGUAACAUCAUGGGCAUCAAGAAGACCGAAGAUGGAGAGGCCAAGCCUGUGGGUCAGGACGGCAAAGUGGACUACAAGACGGAGCAGAAGUUUGCAGACCACAUGAAGGAUAAGAGUGAGGCCAGCAGUGAGUUUGCCAAGAAGAAGACCCUGCUGGAGCAGAGGCAGUACCUGCCCAUCUUUGCUGUGAGGCAGGAGCUGCUCAACCUUAUCAGGGAUAAUAACAUCGUGAUUGUGGUGGGUGAGACGGGCAGUGGGAAGACUACUCAGCUGACUCAGUACCUGCAUGAGGACGGCUACACCGGCUAUGGCAUGGUGGGCUGCACACAGCCCCGCAGAGUGGCAGCCAUGAGUGUGGCCAAGAGAGUCAGCGAGGAGAUGGCGAUCAACCUGGGCGAGGAGGUUGGCUAUGCCAUUCGGUUUGAGGACUGCACAUCGGAGAAGACGGUGGUGAAGUACAUGACUGACGGUAUCCUGCUGAGAGAGUCGCUGCGCGAGUCCGACCUGGACCACUACAGCGCCGUCAUCAUGGACGAGGCUCACGAGCGCUCACUCAACACUGACGUACUCUUUGGCCUGCUCAGAGAGAUAGUGUCUCGGAGGUCUGACUUGAAGCUGAUUGUCACCUCCGCCACCAUGGACUCAGACAAAUUUGCAUCAUUCUUCGGCAAUGUUCCUAUAUUCAACAUUCCAGGAAGAACAUUCCCUGUGGACAUCCUGUUCAGCAAGACUCCUCAGGAGGACUACGUGGAGGCAUCAGUGAAGCAGGCCCUGCAGAUCCACCUGAGUGGGAUGAUGGGAGACAUCCUCAUCUUCAUGCCUGGUCAGGAGGACAUCGAGGUGACGUCUGAUCAGAUAGUGGAGCGUCUGGAGGAGCUGGAGAAUGCCCCUGCUCUGGCCGUGCUGCCCAUCUACUCCCAGCUGCCCUCUGACCUGCAGGCCAAGAUCUUCCAGAAGGCCCCCGAUGGAGUCAGGAAGUGCAUUGUGGCCACCAACAUCGCUGAGACGUCUCUGACUGUGGAUGGGAUCAUGUUUGUGGUGGAUGCUGGAUACUGUAAACUCAAGGUGUUCAACCCUCGCAUCGGCAUGGACGCCCUGCAGGUGUACCCCAUCAGCCAAGCCAAUGCCAACCAGCGCUCUGGCAGAGCCGGGAGGACGGGCCCAGGCCAGUGCUACAGGCUCUACACACAGAGUGCGUAUAAGAAUGAGAUGCUGACCACCACUAUCCCCGAGAUCCAGCGGACUAACCUGGCCAACGUGGUCCUGCUGCUCAAGUCCCUGGGGGUGCAGGACCUCCUGCUCUUCCACUUCAUGGACCCGCCGCCUGAAGACAACAUGCUGAACUCCAUGUACCAGCUCUGGAUCUUAGGCGCGCUCGACAACACAGGUUCAUUGACCCCCACUGGCCGCCUCAUGGUGGAGUUUCCCCUGGAUCCAGCCCUGUCCAAGAUGCUGAUUGUGUCGUGUGACAUGGGCUGCAGUGCAGACAUCCUCAUCAUCGUGUCCAUGCUGUCGGUGCCCGCCAUCUUCUACAGGCCAAAGGGGCGAGAGGAGGAGAGCGACCAGGUGAGGGAGAAGUUUGCGGUGCCUGAGAGCGAUCACCUGACGUACCUCAACGUCUACCUGCAGUGGAAGAACAACAACUACUCCAGCGUCUGGUGCAAUGAUCACUUCAUUCACACCAAGGCCAUGCGCAAGGUGCGUGAGGUGCGGGCCCAGCUGAAGGACAUCAUGGUGCAGCAGAGGAUGACCAUGGUGUCCUGCGGGUCAGACUGGGACAUAAUCAGGAAGUGCAUCUGUGCUGCCUAUUUCCACCAGGCUGCCAAACUGAAGGGCAUAGGUGAGUAUGUGAAUGUGAGGACAGGGAUGCCCUGCCACCUGCACCCUACCAGCUCUCUCUUUGGGAUGGGCUACACUCCAGACUACAUCACUUACCACGAGCUGGUCAUGACUACUAAGGAGUACAUGCAGUGUGUGACUUCAGUGGAUGGGGAGUGGUUGGCUGAGUUGGGCCCGAUGUUCUACAGCAUCAAACACGCCGGGAAGAGCAGACAGGAGAACAAGCGGCGGGCCAAGGAGGAGAUCACCAACAUGGAGGAGCAGAUGUCAAUGGCCCAGCAGCAGAUCAUAACCCGCAAGGAGGAGCAGGAGAGGAAGAGCAACGUGGGCAGCAUCAGGUCACCCCAAAUCUGCACCCCUGGCCGACGAGAAGAACUGCCCAUGACCCCGAGACGAACCCCUUCACGCUUCGGCCUGUGACCUGUGACCUGUGACGGACACUGAGUGGACCUCACCCGACACCACAUCUCCCCCCACUGAAACACUGUUUUAACGGACCGACUCCGUCUAUGCUGAGCCAACAGCUUGGCACCAUCAGACAUGAGUACUGAAGCCUUGCAGUUCCCCAAUUUGGCCAGCAGUAGGCACACUUGUAUAAGGCAAAAGAUUUUAAGGCUCUGAGCCCAGCCCUUCAGAGGAUGGCGGAGUGAUUGUACUCUGUUUGCAGGCAGAGCAGAGAGCCCCUGAAAUGGCUGUUUUAUUACUCACUGCACUCUUUUAGACAAACAGAUUCUGAGUUCAAUCACAACAACGAAAUUAUUGUCCGAAAAUCUCUUUCCCCCCCCCCCCCGUCUUGUGUUCAGGCAAUCCAAUGUCAUUUUGGAUUAGAUUUUAUAAGUUGUGAUCAUUUUCAUGAACUAUCAUUGUAGGUGUUCUUAUUGUCAGUGGAAAAAAAAGAGAUUUACCUUUUUGUCUACCCGACAUAACAAAUGUAAUCACAUCACACCCAGUGCAUAUUCCCUUCUGUUUAAACAGAACCUGCGAAAAAACAAAAAACAAAACAGCCUCUAAGACCCACUGUUGAUGGGCGUGUUGUUUGUACUCGCAGUAAGGAUCUGCGUUGUGUCUGGUGUAAUGGGCGUAGGUGUUGUCUUGGAAACAUGGAGGAUCAGAUUUAGCACACCGCAUGGGGCUUGUGCCCUCUUCAGCUACUUGUCAGCCCUGCUUGUCUCUGCGAAGGGGCCACUGCUGCGCCUCUCCCCCGCCUGCCUCGCUGUAAAUUGGAGAGCGCUGCAGACGGGGUUGGAGGUGAUGCGUUUCCCAUUCAUUUACUUCUGGUUCCUUCUCAUCCUUGUGUACCCACUUCUGUUCUUGUCUCUUACUUUUUUUUCUUUCUGGUUUUGUACAGAUUGUUUUUAAGCCCUAAGCCCCUUCGAGCCGCCUUCGCGGUCAGUCACAGUCAAUAUUUAUCUGCAACGGUGCACUGAGUGCAGCUUAUCAUUUGUGUGAUUUUUGGAAAUGAUAUUAAAUACUUCUUUUGUAAUUAGAAA